AUGGACGUUGAAAAGGCCGGCUCCAUUGCCCAUGAGUCCAUCAAGGAGGAUGUAUCUCAAGAGCAAAAAGGUGCUAUCGAGCACCCCAUGCCGGAAAUUCUGAGGUCUCUCUCGGCGGCGGAGUACAGGAAGACCGGCAGGAGAGCGACGCUCAAGAUGGACAUCAUCAUCAUGCCGACGUUGAUGAUCACCUUCAUCCUCAACUUCCUCGACCGCAACAACAUCGCCGCGGCAAAGCUGGCCGGGAUCACGGAAGACCUGCACCUGUCAGAGACGCAGUACCAGACAUGCGUCUCGGUUCUGUUUGUGGGAUAUAUCAUCAUGCAGAUCCCGUCAAACAUGAUCAUCGGCAAGAUCAAACUACCAGGCGUCUACAUCUGCUGCGCCAUGUCGCUCUGGGGCAUCGUCACGGCGGCGCAGACGGUGGUCAAGAGCUUUGCCAGCCUGGCGGUCGCCCGGUUCGCCGUCGGUUUUGUGGAGGCCGUCUUCUUCUCGGGCGGUCUCUUUUACCUCUCUCUUUUCUUCAACCGACGGCAGUAUGCUCUCCGCGCAGCUUUGUUCUACUCGGGGUCCCAGCUGGGCAAUGCCUUUGGCGGUUUACUCGCAAUCGCAAUUCUGAAGCUGGACGGCAAAUAUGGGCUAGGGGGCUGGCGCUGGCUUUUCCUCGUAGAAGGCGUCGUCACAGUCGGCCUCGCCCUCCUCUUCGCCUUCAUCCUCCCCAACUCGCCGGACGGCAUCAAGUCCCUCUCGGAGACGGAACGCGCAUGGGUCAAGUUCAACUACGAAAAGGACCAGGGCCAGAGCGACGACCGCUCCGAAGUCUCGGCGCGGCAGGGCUUCAUGUUAGCCGUCCGCGACCCCAAGACGUGGCUCAUGCUCGCGACGCUGUACUGCAUCUUCACGUCGGCCGGCGUGACCAACUUCUUCCCGCCGGUGGUCGCGACGCUAGGGUACUCGCGGACCGUGACCUACGCGCUGACGGCGCCGCCCUUCAUCCUCUGCUGCGCGACGAUGCUCGCCAACGGGUUCCACUCGGACCGCGCGGGCGAGCGGUACUGGCACGUCGUGGCGCCGCUGGGGGUGACGCUCGCGGCCAACGUCAUCGCCGUGUCGACGCUCAACGUCGGGGCGCGGUACACAGCCAUGAUGCUAAUGCCGGCGUCCUUCUACGCGGGGUCGACGGUGCUGCUGUCGUGGAUCGCGGGGACCAUCAACCAGCCGGUGACGAAGCGGGCGGCGGCGAUUGCGCUGAUCGUGUCGGUGUGCAACACGCCGAACGUGUGGACGCCGUACCUGUACAACGGGGCGCCGCGGUAUUUCGCGGCGUUUACGGUGAAUCUGGUGGCGGCCGGGGCGGCGAUUGUGACGGCGACGGUGACGAGGAUGUAUCUGCGGAGGGAGAACCGGAAGAUGGAUGACGGGAGGGAGCUAGGUGUGAGCGGGCCGACGGCGGCGCAGCGGGCAAGUGGGUUUAGGUACAUGUUGUAA